CUGGGCCUUGAGGGGCACCCCACAUUCAACAGGGCCAGCCGGUCACGUGCGAAACAAGGAGGCGGGGGGCUGGAGGCAGGGGAGCCGUAGUGCUUGCCAGGGCGCGGGGACAGCCAACCUAACCCAACUUUUUGCAUGUAUGUUGUGGCUUUAGCGGAAGCCCUUGUGUGGCCCCCCUCCCUCCCACCCUCCCGACCAUGCAGACCUGCUACAACUGCGGGUGUCAGGAGAUGGCCAUCAAGCGGCUUGGGGGGCUGAAGGAGGGGCAGCGGCCCUGGUCGGUCAAAGUCUGCAACGACUGCUUGACGACCUGGAACCGCGACGUCUCCGCCGCCAACGUGAUCCGUGUGCUCCUCCUGCUGAAGCUGAUGGGCUUCGAGCGGCCGACCAAGCUGCAGCGGCCGCCAUGGCCGCCGCCGGCGGCGGGGCCAGGCUGAGAGCCUGAACGGCGCUAGCAGGGCGUGGGGCUGAGGGUGCACGUGUUGAUUGGCGGCGAGUGACGUGACUAGUUUGUUAGCUGCGGGUUAGCACGGACUGUGCACCCCACCCAACCGGCCAUGUCCGGAUUUGCGGGGAUGCCAAAGGCCCCCAACAUAGAGGCGUGUGCUUAGUAGGCGCCCGCGUCAAGGUGGCUGGGUUGAUAACGACCCGGGAUCAGCCCUUUUCCUGCCAUAAGGCAGCCACCUCCUUGUUGCAUGUAUGUUGUGGUUGCUACAGCAUCCGCGGCCUUUUCAGGUUCGCCUGGUCUCAGUGAGUGUUGGCGGAGCCCUCGGGCUCCCCCCGCAGUCCAGGCGCCCCGUCCCGUCCCGUCCGUGGUGGUGUGGUGCUUGGCGUGUGUGAUGGGACAGGGUUUAGGUAGGUUGGCGAGGUCCCGUAGGGUGCAGCUGACGCCCAUACCCCAAGCAGACGGCAAACAGUUUGCAGCGGCAGAGUAGAAGUGCAUGGCUGGUCGGAGUGCUGCUUGGCGUGGUGCUUUGCCUGUCACCCGGCCGUCUUGCCUGCCUCCGUUUCCCUUUCUCCUGAGCGUGUAACCUUCCCUCACA